CAAACCCAUUUCCAAAAUCCCACAAAGCUUUUCAAAUGGCGAUUGCUUUCAAAUCCGGCGUCUUCUUCCUCCAAUCCCCAAAAUCCCAAAUUGGAUUCCGUCAUUCUUCUUCUCCUGAUUCUUCGCUUUCUUUCAAGAGAUUCACUCCCAUGGCUUCUCUCUCCACCUCUUCUCCUACUCUCGGUCUCGCUGAUACUUUCACCCAGCUCAAAAAACAAGGCAAAGUAGCAUUCAUACCGUAUAUCACAGCUGGUGAUCCAGAUCUCUCUACUACUGCUGAAGCAUUGAAAGUUCUUGAUGCUUGUGGCUCUGACAUAAUCGAAUUGGGUGUUCCUUACUCUGAUCCAUUAGCUGAUGGACCUGUUAUUCAGGCUGCAGCGACAAGGUCGUUGGAGAGGGUAACCAACCUCGAUAGCAUCCUUGAGAUGUUGGAUAAGGUUGUUCCACAAAUAUCUUGUCCGAUUUCGUUGUUCACGUAUUACAACCCGAUUCUUAAACGUGGAUUGGGGAAGUUCAUGUCCAGCAUCAGAGCUGUCGGUGUACAGGGACUUGUUGUUCCCGAUGUUCCUCUUGAGGAAACUGAGAUGCUCAGGAAAGAAGCCCUCAACAACGACAUUGAACUGGUCCUACUAACUACACCAACCACACCAACAGAGCGAAUGAAGCGAAUUGUUGACGUGUCAGAAGGAUUUAUUUACCUAGUGAGCUCAAUUGGAGUGACUGGUGCACGAGCAUCUGUAAGCGGAAAGGUUCAGUCGCUGUUGAAGGAUAUCAAAGAGGCGACAGACAAGCCAGUGGCAGUCGGUUUUGGAAUAUCAAAGCCGGAGCAUGUGAAACAGAUAGCUGGAUGGGGAGCUGAUGGAGUGAUCGUAGGCAGUGCAAUGGUGAAGCUAUUGGGGGAUGCAAAGUCGCCAACGGAAGGACUGAAGGAGCUUGAGAAACUCACCAAGUCUCUCAAAUCUGCUCUUCUUUGAAACACAAACAUUUGCAGACAACAUCGUAGAUUGUGCUUUUUUUUUUGUUGCUGAUUAUAAUCAAUGUGUGACAAUGAUGUAUCAAUCUUUUGUUACAUUUCAAGUAUGAUUCAAUAAGUUACGGUGACUCAA